AUGUCCGACUUAGCCAUGGCCUCUAAACACAUUUCAAUCCAUCUCGCAAAGCGACCCGAGACCACCAUUGUUCCCGGUGAAACAUUCGCUACUCAGUUUAACGAGGCCCCUGAUGUCGAGAAGCUUCUAGAUGGGCAAGUCCUUGUGGAGACCCUUUACUUGAGUCUUGAUCCGGCCAUGCGUGGCUGGCUCGAUGACCGACCUUCGUACAUUCCGCCAGUGGCCAUUGGCGAGGUCAUGCGUGGUCACGCUUUAGCGCGAGUGCUUGCCUCUCAGUCUCAGCGUUUUGCAGUUGGUUCCCAUGUCACUGGUUUGAUCGGCUGGUCCGAAAAGGCGAUUGUGGACGAAGCCCUCCUGGAGGCUGCACCGGUGCCAGAUUCUGCUUCCGGAAGCCAGUUGACUGACAUUCUGGGUGUCCUUGGCUUCACUGGGCUCACCGCGUACUGGGGCAUGAUGGAGGUUGGUCGUGUCAAGGCUGGUGAUUUCGUGGUUGUGUCUGGUGCGGCAGGAGCGACUGGGUCUAUUGCUGGUCAAAUCGCUAAGAUUCGCGGGGCUACCGUUUACGGAAUUGCGGGCUCAGAUGAUAAAUGCCGUUGGUUGGUUGAAAACCUCGGUUUCGACGGAGCCUUCAACUACAAGAGCUCAACGUUUGCGGAAGACUUCAAGGCAAAGGCCCUGGGAAAGAUCGAUCUCUUCUAUGAUAACGUGGGUGGAGAAGUCUUGGAUCUGGCACUUGUUUGCGCCAACAAGAAUGCUCGAUUUGUUAUGUGCGGAGGCGUGAGCCAAUUCAAUACGCAGGAUGUCCAGGGGCCGAAGAACUACCAGUAUAUCUGGAGAUCCCGGAUUCGCAUGGAAGGGUUCAUCAUUUUCGACCAUCCCGACCGAUUCGACGAUAUCAGACAGCAGCUCAGUCAGUGGCUUGAGGAAGGUUCGCUGAAAAGCCGGCAGACUAUUGUUCGUGGUGGUAUUGAAAAGGCUGAGAGCGCAUUGAUGCAGUUGUAUCAGGGUAUCAACACAGGAAAGCUCCUUGUCGAGGUCAAGGCUCCCGCGUCAUAG